AACAGUCCUUGCCUUCUCUUCUUCAAGCUGAUUCGCUCACAGGAUGGCUGAUAUCGCGACUCCUGAGUUUCUCAGCGAACUACAGUCGCUGUAUCCUGCACCAGCAAAAUAUGUCGAUGGUGACUGGUUCCUCGCUGCCGGAAUAGCGUUCAGCUCGAGCAACUGUCCCGAAGGCAUCCCAUGUAUACUUCGAUAUGCUCUCAAUGAUCUCGACAAGCUCCCUGACACCUCAGAUGAAGAUCGCAGGUUGCUCGUGCGGAAGAUAAGGGAUGGGAUCUUUAAGUCUGGCUUGAUAUCUGGUUAUCUUAAAGUUUACGAUGCUCUUAUUUCGCUUUAUGAAGCCACUCCCGAAGAUCUUCGAGACACCGAGCCUCUGCGCGACUCUACUCGAUCGAAAGAGGAAGUUGCUGCUGCUGGGCAGGCAUAUUUCGAUUCGACAUACGGUGAUACCGCAGCGAAAGUUCAACCCAUGCUUCGAUCUAUAUACCCAGACCUCGAACACUUCACGACAAAACUUGGGUACGGGUAUGUGUACUCCUUCAUGGAAGUGACCUCAGCCAAGGAGACGUCAUUCGCUAUGAUUUCUGGCCUGAUCCCGAAUGACACGCCUCGUCAGGUUGAAUGGCACCUGACUGGCGCUGUUCGCAAUGGAGCAACGGUCGAGGAGGUAAGAGGUGUACGAGAGAUCGCACUGAGAAUCGCGAUCAAGGCGGGCGUUCCCUUGAAAAAUGAGGUUCCCAACAUUUGAUACUAUCCACACUUAUAAAGUGUAAAUGCAAUCAGCGACCCUUGGUGAAACUUGAUACCCCUGAAAGAGGUCUCUGUAAUAAUGUCGACGACAACCGCGGAAGAUGUUGAUAUGUAGUGGAAUGCGAUGCACAUUUCUUUAGAUUUGAUUUGGCUGCGCAUUACCGUUUGCCGUAAAUUUGAUAAUAUUGAUCAAUUCUUGAUUUGAUUCGC